CGGGAAACCAGUUACCUCCCGACGGCGUGGCGUGCGCGUGAGUGAUAUACAUAGUGCUGUGUUGUGUUAAACAAUGUAUAUUCUGUAUUAAGAUGACGGAUUACGAGCGCAUCAAGGCUAGCUGCCUCCAGCGCGGCCAGCUAUGGGAGGACCCUGACUUCCCCGCUAUCCAGCCAUCCGUGUUCUACCAUCAGGUGCCACCCUUCAAAUUUGAGUGGAAGCGCGCCAAAGAACUAUACCAGUAUCCAAAGUUCAUAUUGGACAACACUGACAGCUUCGACAUAGUUACAGGCAGACUUGGAGAUAAAUGGCUUUUAUCGUGUAUAGGAGUGCUAUACCUGUGUAAAGGGCUCUUCUACAGAGUGGUUCCAGCCGAUCAACAAAUCGAUUCUAACUACGCAGGUAUUUUCAGGUUUCGUCUUUGGUGGUGUGGACAAUGGGUUGAAGUUCUUGUUGACGAUAGAUUACCUACGGUUAACGGUAAAUUAGCUUUCAUGCAUUGCAGUCACUCUGAGCAAUUGUGGCCGGCUCUACUUGAAAAGGCAUAUGCAAAAAUGCAUGGUUCGUACGAAGCUCUAAAAUACGGUAACUUACUGGAUGGACUGGCAGAUCUUACUGGAGGAAUCACAGAAUCCCUGAAUAUUUCUGACCUUGCCGAUGCCACAGCUCUACACAACUUAAUGAAGACUACGAGCGUUGUUACAGCUUACCGUUUACCUAAUGCCGCCACACAUUCUGUGAAAAGCAUUGAAUCUGGAAUGAAUUACAGACUUUACAACGUGGAAAGGGUAGAUACUUCUGAUGGUCCAGUGUAUUUAGUGCGAUUGGGACGACCAUUAACACCUGGUGAUACGCACAUUACUCAUUUUGUUUUAGACCAAGCCACAUGGACUCAUUCUAUUCCUCUACACGAACGUCAACGUUUGACAUCUAUAACAAAAGGUUUCUGGAUGCUUUAUAAUGACUUCACUUCAAUGUUUUCGCGUGUGGAAAUAGUACAUCUUGAUCUAGAAACGAGCAAAGCGGAAGCAUCUCUCUCAGAUAAAAACAAAUGGCUAGUAAAAAGUCACCAAGGAAGGUGGAGAAAGGGUGUCACUGCUGGUGGUUGUAGAAAUCACGUUAAUCUGUUUCAUAUGAACCCACAAAUACAAAUUGUAUUAAAUGAUCCUGACACGGUGAUUAUAUCACUCAAUCAGCAUAGUAUUAUGGAACCUAAAGUUAUAGGAUUCAGCAUUUACAAAAUACCUAAGAGCUUAACAGAAACAGCAUCAUCACUUUUUUUUAAGAAGACUAAAAGUUCGAUUAAUUCCCAAUACACAAACAGUAGGCAAGUUAGUGAAAGAUGUCACUUAGAACCAGGUGCAUACUUAGUAAUACCCACGACUUUUGAACCUAGACAGGAAGCAAAUUUUUCAUUAAGAGUGUACUCUGUAAAGCAACUCAAACUGAAAGUAUUAGAUUGUGCCCCACAGAUGUUAAAAGCAGCCAUUUUAAAAGCACCUCCUGGGUUCGAAACUAGCAGUUUCACACAAUAUGAGUCACAAUUUCUACAGCUGGCUGAUGAACACAAAACUAUAAAUGCCUUCGAACUUCAAGAAUUAUUAGAAAAGUGCUUGCCAAAUGAUUACAUAAAGAGCUGUGCAACAAUCGAAACAUGUAGACAAAUCGUCUUAUCAUUGGAAAAAGAUGGCUCUGGUCGUAUAACACUAUCUGAUUUUAAAGAUCUCAUAUGCAGCCUGAAGCACUGGCAGAUUGUAUUCCGAGCUCACGCUCCAGAGAAAAUGAGCGUCCUCAAGAUUGAAAGGUUUCGAGAUGCACUUCGCGAUGUCGGCUUUGUAAUUCCAGAACGGGCAUUGUCAUUACUUGUAUUGAAGUACAUGAGAAAAGAUGGCAUGCUGAGAUUUGGGGACUUUGUAUCUGCAGUAGUUCUUCUCCAUAGAGCGUUUCAUAUGUUCUUCAGUAACUGCUCCACGAGUACAAACAAAGUAAAUUUAUCUUUCGCCGAGUGGCUGAAGUCGGCUUUGACAUGUUGAUAUUGGGCUGAAAAUAUCUGUAAAUAUGAAAUUGCGAAUAGAUCAUGGACAAAAUAAGUGUCGUGACAAGUUGUUAUAAAAAAAAAAACAUAUCGGUAUUUUAGAUAUCUACUUAUACUUUCAUUUACCUACUUCCAAUUAGAAGUCAUUAUCUUUUUUAUAUGUAACAAAAUCGCUUAUUGUAAAUAAAAAGUAAUAAUAUUUCUUUAUACUAAGUAAUGAUAUUUAAUUCUAAUGAGACAAUAAAUAAUGAAAACCUCAGGAGUAGUAUAGGUUCAUUGAAUAUUCAUAACCCUCAAGUAUUGAUUGAUACUCAAGUAAUUAGUAAAUUAGGGGACACGACGCAAAAUAUGUUAACGUAUAGUUUAAAUUAAUAAAUUAUUCAUAAGUUAUAGCGUUCACGUUCACAUUUUCAUUUCAAUUCCAUACCUUAAAAUAUACUGUAAACUCAAAAUAAACAGGUAUAUAUUAGCGAAGAUAAACUACAAACAUGUAACCCCACUUAACCACAGAAUUUCUUAUUUUUUAUUUACUUCUCUUCUAAGAAAGGAGUUAUCAAAAAUCUAACAACAUUAUUUUUAAGCCAAGAAUAUUGUGAGAAAUAUGAUUGUCUUAACUUGUAAAGAUCUCGAUUUAAUGAAUAAUUUAAUAUCCCUAGUAAUUUAUGUAUUUUAUUAUGUUUAAUAUGUAUUAAUUAAGAUUCAAGUUAAUUUAUAACUUAGUCUUUUCUGAUUGUAUUAAAUAAUUAUUAUUUGUUCCACCGAAAAACAAUUUUAUAAAAUCUUAAUGAUAGUUGAAAUAAGUUCAUUAAAAUUAAAUUCAUUUAUUCGUACAUUCUGUAAACAAUUUAUUAAAGUUUUCUAUUACCUACUCCUGAAAUUUAUAUGGCAUUUAGAACCAAAAUGAUGGGAUUCGAUGUAAUCACUAUAUUAAAUAAAUAUUGAUGUUUACUC